AUUAUUAGGGGGCGCGGGACGAGAGGAGGGGCCAGGGGAGCGAGCCCGCGGCGAGAGAGGCAAGCGAGUGUGCGCCGAGUGUGCAAGGGCGGGAGGGAGGAGGGAGAGCCAGCGGCGGCCCGGCUCGCGCCGACUUGGGCCCAGCGGCGGGCGGACAGCAUGCUGAGCCUCCUCAUCUGGAUCCUCACUCUCUCCGACACUUUCUCGCAAGCAGGGCUUUAGGAAUGCCUCUGGAGAGCAAUAGCACAUGUCUAAUGAGCUGCCAAUCAAGCCUGCUCCCCGAGAAGCCCAGGUUUCUGAGUCAGAAGAUGUGGGCGCCACACUUAGCCAUUGCUUAUCUUAUCUCUGUGACUUUGGCUUUGGCUGUGCCUGGGACCCAGACCCGCUUCAGCCAGGAGCCAGCCGAUCAGACCGUGGUGGCUGGGCAGCGGGCUGUACUCCCCUGCAUUCUCCUCAACUACUCUGGGAUCGUACAAUGGACCAAGGACGGGCUGGCUCUGGGCAUGGGCCAGGGCCUCAAAGCCUGGCCACGGUACCGGGUCGUGGGCUCUGCGGAUGCCGGGCAGUACAACUUGGAGAUCACAGAUGCUGAGCUCUCGGACGACGCCUCCUAUGAGUGCCAGGCCACAGAGGCUGCCCUGCGCUCCCGGCGGGCCAAACUCACCGUGCUCAUUCCUCCAGAGGAUACGAGGAUUGAUGGGGGCCCUGUGAUUCUGCUGCAAGCGGGCACUCCCCACAACCUCACAUGCAGAGCCUUUAAUGCCAAGCCUGCUGCCACCAUCAUUUGGUUCCGGGACGGAACACAGCAGGAGGGGGCUGUGGCUAGCACGGAACUGCUGAAGGAUGGGAAAAGAGAGACUACAAUCAGCCAACUGCUCAUUCACCCCACAGACCUAGACAUUGGUCGGGUCUUCACCUGCCGCAGCAUGAAUGAAGCCAUCCCCAAUGGGAAGGAGACAUCCAUCGAGCUCGAUGUACACCAUCCUCCGACAGUGACUCUGUCCAUUGAGCCUCAGACCGUGCAGGAGGGUGAGCGAGUCAUCUUCACGUGCCAGGCCACAGCCAACCCUGAGAUCUUGGGCUACAGGUGGGCCAAAGGGGGAUUCUUGAUUGAAGACGCCCAUGAGAGUCGUUAUGAGACAAACGUUGAUUACUCCUUCUUCACGGAGCCUGUGUCUUGUGAGGUCCACAACAAAGUGGGGAGCACCAAUGUCAGCACUUUAGUGAAUGUUCACUUUGCCCCCCGGAUUGUCGUUGACCCAAAGCCCACGACCACAGACAUUGGCUCUGAUGUGACCCUCACCUGUGUCUGGGUUGGAAAUCCCCCCCUCACCCUCACCUGGACCAAGAAGGACUCCAACAUGGUCCUGAGUAACAGCAAUCAGCUGUUGCUGAAGUCAGUGACUCAGGCAGAUGCUGGCACCUAUACCUGCCGGGCCAUUGUACCUCGAAUCGGAGUGGCCGAGCGAGAGGUCCCGCUGUACGUAAAUGGACCCCCUAUUAUCUCCAGCGAGGCGGUGCAGUUUGCUGUGAGGGGUGAUAGUGGAAAGGUGGAGUGCUUCAUCGGGAGUACCCCACCUCCAGAUCGGAUCGCUUGGGCAUGGAAGGAGAACUUCCUGGAGGUGGGGACCCUGGAGCGGUACACUGUGGAGAGGACUAACUCGGGAAGUGGUGUGCUGUCCACACUCACCAUCAACAACGUCAUGGAGGCUGACUUCCAGACCCACUACAACUGCACUGCCUGGAACAGCUUCGGGCCAGGCACUGCCAUCAUCCAGCUGGAAGAACGAGAGGUGUUACCGGUGGGCAUCAUUGCCGGGGCCACCAUUGGUGCGGGCAUCCUGGUCGUCUUCUUCUUUGUCGUCUUGGUGUUCUUCCUCUACCGACGUCGCAAAGGCAGUCGAAAGGAUGUGACCUUGAGGAAGCUGGACAUCAAGGUGGAGACGGUGAAUCGGGAACCACUCACAAUGCAUUCUGACCGGGAGGAGGAUACCGCCAGCGUUUCCACAGCAACUCGGGUCAUGAAGGCCAUCUACUCGUCCUUUAAGGAUGAUGUGGAUCUGAAGCAGGACCUGCGCUGUGACACCAUUGAUACUCGGGAAGAGUACGAGAUGAAGGACCCCACCAACGGUUAUUACAAUGUGCGUGCCCAUGAAGAUCGCCCAUCCUCCAGGGCGGUGCUGUAUGCCGACUACCGUGCCCCUGGCCCUACACGUUUUGAUGGCCGUCCGUCCUCUCGCCUCUCCCACUCCAGUGGCUAUGCCCAGCUCAAUACGUACAGCCGGGCCCCUGCCUCUGACUAUGGCGCAGAGCCCCCACCCUCUGGUCCUUCUGCUCCAGGUGGCACCGAUACAACCAGCCAGCUAUCCUACGAGAACUAUGAGAAGUUCAACUCCCACCCCUUCCCUGGGGCAGCCGGGUAUCCUACCUACCGUCUAGGCUACCCCCAGGCCCCGCCAUCUGGCUUGGAGAGGACCCCCUAUGAGGCAUAUGACCCUAUCGGCAAGUAUGCCACGGCCACUCGCUUCUCCUACACCUCUCAGCACUCAGACUACGGCCAGCGAUUUCAGCAGCGCAUGCAGACUCAUGUGUAGAGGCUGGAGUCUGGCUGGGGUAUCUCUGCGGGGCAGAGGAGAAGGCUUCCCAGCUCUUCCCUGACAUUCAGGGACAUCGCUCGUUGCUCCUUUCUUGGACUCAGCCUUCCUCCUGCUGUCACAAAUAAGGAGCAGGUCUCCCCGUAACACCCCAUCCCAAGGAUGGUGCUCUGGGCAUGCCCCAGUCUCCUAGGCCUGCUGAGCGCUUCCUCGAGAGGAUGUGUCUCCUGACCUCUGUUCAUACCUGACCCAAGCGUGGGCACAGGGCAGUGGAGGCUAGGGUGGGGGGCAGAGGGUAAAGGAGGAAGAGCACCUGUUACUGCUUCCUCUCUGUCCUGCUCCUCUGCUCUCCCAUAAGUGGGCAUGGAGAUAUGCUGAGGGGGGUAGGCGUUGGCCUCGGCAGCUCUAGUCCAGGCAGCCGGAAUGCGGGACAGCCCACCAGUCCCUCUCUUGAUUUCUUUCAUACCUUGUGUUCAUCUUACCCAUCUCAGGGGAUUACAGAUGGGACAAUGAGUUCAAAUCCAGCCCUUGGUCAGCUGGGGUCAAAAUGCCAGUCGCCGUGGCUACUUACUGUGGCUUUCUGAGUGCCGAGGGUUCCAGAAAUCCCCGGUAACACUGCUCCCUUUCUUCUCAACUUUGUACUGGACCAGCCAGAUAUGUCCUGGAUGUGAACAAAGAAUGGGCAGGACCAUGUCCUGGUUGACUGGCCAGGGACCGCUGUGUACUCCAUGGCGGUUCCAGAUCCAACAGUAGUGGGAACCUCACAAGCUUCCUUCUUUCAUGUUAUUGCCCCACUUCUUGGUAUUCACUCUUGAGCCUUGGAGAAUAGAGUAGGGCAGAGGUGUCAUGGAGUUAUAUUUUUCGAAGGGAAAAAAAAAAAAAAAAAAAAAAAA